AGUCCCUAUGCAGCGAGAGUAUGGGUGGAGUAUAGUUUAAAAUCCAGUUUUUAAAUGUAUCGAAAGCGUGUCCGGUGCGUGUUACGCCGGCUCUGACAGCACGGCUGGAAUAAAUGACAGCUCACCGGGAAAGUUUGUCCUAAAGCUGCGCUCGCGGUAUCUCGGACCCUCGGCUCUAAAAUGGCUGGCUGUGGGUUCGAGGAAGCUCCGGUGCAAGGGGAAGGAUCCGCUCCACGCCACGACUGUGUGUAAAUAUACAUGGGGGGGUUUUCUACUCCGACGCGCGCGUUUGCGACAGCGUUGUCCCAGGUCCGAGAGCCGUCAGGGCGCACACGCGGAAUAAUAAUAACGUUGGCAUUUCGGACCUAGGACUGUGCGUAAUGGCGUCCUCCGCGGAUAGUUCUUCUCGGUUUAUAAGCAGAAAGGGGGUAGAACAGGCUGGUUCUUGCGAGCUUAACCGGGUAUGAAUAAUGUUCUGAUGCGAAUUUUAUAAUGGAAGGUUUCAUCAUGUAUGAUGAAUGUGGACGGAAGAAGUGUAAGCCAGGAAAUGAAAUUUCCCUCGCAUCAUUCGGACCCUUCUGUACUCCGGUGCGUUUUUUUUCAUUAUCGGUGAUCCGUCGUUAGGAAUUGUGAGCUAAGAUUUGGGAUCAUGUAAAGUGACAGCACGUUUGCUGUUGAAGAAGAGGGUCAUAGGAGUCGUUCAUCGUUUCGGCCCGAGGAUUUAGGAAAUAUAACUAGGUAUGCCCCAAAAUGGAUUCUCAGUUGGCUUCAGUCCUGACCAGUGGCAGCCUGGAUGUCCAAAAUGGCAGCCAGUGUGGAGAGGGAUCAGGGCCAGUGACAGAGACUUUAUUGGACCCAAAGGACGAAACUGCAUGCAGUACUGUACCAGGUAACCUCCAGCCAUGCCCUGUCACGGCAGCAGUGACCAUCAGGCAAGAUGCUCUAUCAAUCAAUGGGAAAAAGCCAGAGGUGGGCGGGACUUAUGAGCCAGCCUCUCAGGAAACAACUAAGAUUGGUGGGCUCAGACAGCCAAUUACAGUAAAGUCUGGAGUGCCUGUUUUGCACAGCCAGCCAAUAAGAAUCAAAAUUGUUGUCCCUCCACGGUGCAAGAGGCCAAUCACAAACUCUGCUAUCAGCCUGACCAAAGACUUUGCUCUCUCAGAAUUUCAGGGACCCGUGUUGGUCUCUGCUGAAUCACAGAAGAAACGUGAAAUCUGUGUGCCAGCUGUUAAAAAUGAAGGAGAAAUCAUGGAAGUUACUUACCAGAAGACUGAAGAAGAAGCCGAAGCAUUUCCUGAGACAGAAGCAGAGAAACGGGAUAAAUUGUGCAAAGACAGAGACGUUUUGGAUGUUAAAAUUGUCCACAUUGAUGGGUCGGAAACUCCUUUUACUGCUAAUACAGUUACGUUUUUAAGUCAGCCGAGGAUUAAAGAGGAAACUACAGAGAAGGAAAUUCAGAAAAAUGUUCCUUUAAUUUUGCGAGAAAUGGACUUGAAGUGUUGCAAAACAUUCAAUGAGGUUGAAAUGGAGGAGCAGACAGAACCUCUGGACCUGAGUUUGCCCAAGAAAAGGGAGAGCCGAGAGAGGCGAUAUGGGCGUUUCUUGGAUGACUCGGGCUGCGAGAGCUCUCUGAUCAUGGAGGUGGAUGAAUAUGAGGGAGAAGGAGACAGAGACAUAGUAGAAGAGGACGAUGAGGGAGGCGGCACAGAUACUCUUGAAGAUGCUUUUCUGUCUCCCUCUUUCUUUUCUACCUCUGUUUUGACCUCUCUCUCUUCGAUAGACUGUGACACUGAAAAUCUUCUUCUCAUCGAUGACCAGGGAAUUCCGUAUACGCUCAAUCCAGAUGGACUCAAAGUGCCACAAGUCAAUGCUUCCAGGGUGGAGGAUUCUCAGUCUGAUCAUGCUAAUUCAGAAGAAGCAGAAGGAAAGGAGUCGUCGCUUUUGGCACCGUUAGCAGGUCCCAGCCAAAGUACAGAUAAUGCACUAAAUGCACCUUCUGGUGAUUUUUACCCCUCGCCACCCCCUAUCAGUGAUUCUUCAUCACUAGGUGAUGAUCAGGAUAAAGCUCCAGAAGUCUUCACAAGUUUGAUUACAAACUCGAACCCUUCAGUGGCUGCAGAGCCGAGCGUUAAAGCUGUUCAGGAUGCCAGCUCUGUUUUGUCCCCUUCCUCUGGGAUAUCAGUCCCCACCCAACCCAUUCAACUUGUCGCAAAUCCUGCAGGCAAUGCUCCUGUUCUCCUCCUGUCCUCCUCUUCUCACCUCUCCUCGGCUUCACUCGGUCUCUCUCUUCCCCUUUCAGUUACUCAGACUUCACAUGGUGCUUCCACUCCCAUGUUUCUUCUCCUUUCCUCUGUACCUUCUUCCUCUGGUGAGUCCACCGCUACCUCCACCCCUAUUGCUGUCCUCGACUCCUCGACCGGCCAGCUGUCCCAGAUUACGGCCGCAGCUCCGGUCUCCCUUCCUCUGUCCUCUGGUCAGGUUAGCACAUUGGGAUCGCCUCUUCCUACACUGUCUCACCCUGUCAUCAGACUCAGCCCCAAUAACCCCCCUGUCAUCCUGUCUGGCAUGAAUAACAUAAAUUCUGGCUCCGUUCUCACGUCUCUCACCGUCCCUUCAUCCACUAUUGCCCUGCAGGAUGACCACAGCUCAGUUCCUCUUAUUCAAACUCAGAUCACUUACUCUGAAUCAAACCCUGGAAAUGAAGCCAUAUCUGCUCAAGAGGUCUCCAAUGAAAACAACAAGCCAUCAAAUUUUACAGCAUCGUCUCCGAGACCGCCGUCUGCUAGUUUGACCUAUGACUCUUUAUCUCAGCCUGCCUCAGAAUUAGACGCCCAAUCACCUGACUCCAAAUCAGACCUUCACUCUGAACAUUUACCUCUGGAUGACCAUCUUUAUUUCUCUAACAUGGCUGCUCCUGCCUCCCCUUCUAUCGGACCUAUCCUACCCCCUGGUAAACUUGACCCGCUAGAUCCACUCUCUCCAGAGCCGUCACCCAACACCGCGGGCUCCCGAAGGGUGCUGUACUGCCAGCUGUGCCCAAGGGUCUUCUUUUACCUCUCCGACCUUGAGCGCCAUGCCAUCACCCAUUCGCAGAAGAAGCCUCAUGUUUGCCAGCAAUGCGGCAAAGCCUUCAAACGCUCCAGCCAUCUGCAGAGACACAAGCACAUCCACACAGGCCAGAGGAACUUUGUGUGCCCCAUCUGUGCCAAGCGCUUCAGGGAGGCAGGUGAGCUCCAGCGCCAUCAAAGGGUGCACACCGGAGAGAAGCCCUACCAAUGCCAGCUUUGCCACACGCGCUUUGCCGAGCGCAACACCCUCCGGCGGCACACCAAACGCAAGCACCCCUACCACCAAGUAGCCAUGGAAAUGCUUAACGAGAGAAGAGACAGAGGAGGCAGCCGAGGAGACGGAGGAGGCGGUGGUGUGUCAGGAGUCCAGGAGGAAGAGGAGAGUGCUGAAUGGUACAGCUCCACUGUGUCUAAUUUGGAUAACUCAGAGUCUGAGGUGGAAACGUAACACUUUAAAGUAAAGGGAGUUAGGGGAGAAGUGCUGUUGAUGAUAUCUAACUACAGUUAGACUCUGAUCUUUUCUUUUUAUUGACUAAGAAUCAAAGAAGGGAGCACUUUCAUAUUUAUUGUUUAUUGUUAAUGUUAAUUUAUUUAUAUGAAUGUAUAUUAUUCCCAUUCCAUUUUAAGGGCCAAAACACAGCCUUCAAAGUCAGAUGUGACUUUGAAUUAAGGGAAAACUCAUUCUUGAAGUCAUGUUUUCUUUGUGUGUGUGUGUGUGUGUGUGUGUGUGUGUGUGUGUGUGUGUGUGUGGGAAUUCAUAACAUUAAUUAAAACGCUAACAAGUCCUCAUGAAGUUGCGUUCCCAUGCAAUCCACGAUGAAACCCUAAAGUGCUCGAAAAAGAAAGAUAGCUUAUGAACUAAACAAUCCUCUGCUCUAGUCGUGUAUAUAAAGAGUACUACUUGUAAGAGCUGCACUUCUGCACUAUCUCAUAUGAAAGAUAUAAUCUUUCCUACCGUCAGACACACUGUGAGGAAUUUGCACUCGUUUUCUUUGAACUCAAAAGUUAUUUUUUUUACAUUGUGUAUGAAAACGCUUACUUUUAAUUUCGUUGCCGCUGUUGAUCUUCUGUAUUUAAUCCACAUCCUGUAAGAGUUUGACCAAAUGUUUUUUGAGUUAUUCUAAUAUAAACUCUAUAUUCAAUUUUGUUUUUGUUUAAAUUUUGAAUAUUGUUAAUUUAUUGGUAUUAAAUUUUCACAAAGCUAACUCUCUGUUUCUGCUCUUUCUUUUCCUCCACUUUAAAUAGUAUAAACAGACUGUAUUUACAUAUCGCUCCCACUGUUUUGAGGUUCUGUAUAGAGUGUGUUUCUGUGUAAGGACACUGUGACCUGCAGGCUGGAGGAGCUGGAGAUCAAACCACUGACCUUCCAGUUAAUGAACACAUAGUUCUGCUUGCUGAGCUCCAGCUGCCCCGUUUUUCAAAAACAAAAAAAAGCAACAAAAAAAAAAAAUCCUUUUUAUGUGUGAAGCUACAACACAAAAGCAAAAUACACCCAUUAAAUUAUAAUCUGCUAACACAAUUUUAAUAUAUAAACUAUUACAAUUGAGCGUUACAUGCAGACUUUUGCCAAAAACGAAACAAAAAAACUCUACAUUGUAUUAAUUUCUCUAAUAUUUUACUAAUUAUAAUACAUUAUAGCAGAAAGACAUAACCCCAUCCUCUCUCUGUGCUUGUUGCGAUUUAGAUACAAGUUUCAAGCGUCACAGUUUUCAUCACAGUGAUAAUAAAACUGUCGCUUCCAGUUAAAGUCUGGUUGAAGUCGGGUGAUAAAUGCAAUCCAUUUUGAUCACAGUUCCAUGAACUUAUCCUGCUGCGCUUUUAGGGAAAAGGAGAAUAUUCCCAUUAAGUUUGAACUAAUCCUCAGUUCGUGUCUGAUCACUUUUUUGUCAGAGAAGAACGGCUUUUACCCUCCUACAGGUAGUACUCUCAUUCAGUAUUUGCCUUCUUUAGUUUGGAUCUUUGUGCCGAGGCGCUUAAAUUCACUGUCAGAGCAUCAAAUGGAUUUCACUCUAAAAUAGCCUGAGUUUUGAACACUCCCAGAAUAAAUGGCAAUGAUUACCCACUGAUGAGCCACAUAUCCUCCAACAAUUCCUUCCUACACCUUGGUGC